AGUCAUUUAUCAUUGGUUUUGUGAAACAUGAACGGCCAGGACCUGUUUUUUUUUUAAUUAAUCUUGUGAAGCAAGCACACACAAAGAUGAUAAACUCCUCCAACUUCCAACUGAAAAUACAGGAGGCGCCGCUAAUGGAACCACAGCUAGCAGAGCUGGAGCGACUUCAAACCCGAAUCCUUAAUCGAAUAUCCAAACUCGAGCUCUCUCUUUCUACCCAAAACAACAACAACAAUAACCUCUCCGCCUGCGACGACGGCGAUACCACCGAAGCUCGCCUCUCUACCAUUCUCCGAUCAAACGGCGUGAAGGACUUCGCCUUCAAAAAAGUCUCCUCCGAUUACUACGAUUGGCCUCUCGAGUCCCGACGCGACGUCCUCGGUGCCGCCUCUAUUGAUCACCUCUGUAAAAGCAUCGUCUUGGUUAAUACCCAGGCCCCAUCCAAUAUCACUGACUGCAGUGACUGCAAUAAUUCGAAGUAUUACAUAGUUGUUGUUCAGUACACUGCUCGAUUCAAUGCUGAAACUGUUAAAAACUAUCUGUAUGCUCUCAAUGAUGGCAAGAUAGCUAAAAAGCGAUUCAACUUGAGGCUUGCCCCUGAGGAGACAUCAAUGAAGCUGACAGGAUACGGGCACAAUGCGGUGACAUGUAUUGGCAUGAAAACCAACAUUCCGGUGAUUUUGGACGAAGCAAUUCUAAGACUCAAUCCCGAUUUCUUCUGGUUGGGUGGAGGAGAGAUUGAUUUGAAGCUGGGGAUAAGGACUUCAGAAUUUAUUGAUUUUGCUAAACCAUUCAUUGUCAGCUGCAGUGGCCCAUGAUUAAAACAAAACGAAAUUAUUCUUGGACGAAGAUGAAGCAAGAACAGACACGAUAGUAAUGUUUGAAGUAGAAACUUUACUCUGCACAGUUUCAUUGACUAUUGGAAUUGGAAUGAGAUUCAAUUGGGAGAUAUUAUAUCAAUAUUUAACAUGCAAGCAUUUGGUUACAGGUUUUCAUUGGA